CCCGUUCUCACUUAGUCAGCCCAAGACUCAAGCCUGGGGAGGUGCACGAGAGGUGGAAGUUAAUCCUGGCAUCAAACGAUACUCGCCUAAAGAUUUUCAACGAUGUGUGACGAGGAAGAUGCCUGUGCUCUCGUCUGCGACAAUGGCUCCGGCAUGGUCAAGGCCGGCUUCGCUGGUGACGACGCUCCCCGCGCCGUCUUCCCCUCCAUCGUCGGCCGAGCUCGUCACCAGGGUGUGAUGGUCGGUAUGGGUCAGAAGGACGCCUACGUCGGUGAUGAGGCCCAAGCCAAGCGCGGUAUUCUCACUCUAAAGUACCCCAUCGAACACGGCAUCAUCACCAACUGGGACGACAUGGAGAAGGUCUGGUACCACACAUUUUACAAUGAGCUUCGUAUCGCUCCUGAGGAGUCCCCAACAAUGUUGACUGAAGCUCCCCUCAACCCCAAGGCCAACCGUGAGAAGAUGACACAGAUCAUGUUUGAGUCCUUCAAUAUGCCAGCCAUGUAUGUUACCAUCCAGGCUGUGCUGUCCCUGUACGCCUCUGGUCGUACCACUGGUCUGGUGUGUGACUCUGGUGAUGGUGUCUCUCACAUGGUCCCAGUCUAUGAAGGUUUCGCCCUUCCUCAUGCCAUCCUUCGUCUUGACCUUGCUGGUCGUGACCUGACCAACUACCUCAUGAAGAUCAUGACUGAACGUGGCUACUCCUUCACCACUACCGCUGAGCGUGAGAUUGUCCGUGACAUCAAGGAGAAGCUUUGCUAUAUUGCCCUCGACUUCGAGAGUGAAAUGAAUGUUGCUGCUGCUUCCACCUCAAUUGACAAGUCCUACGAGCUUCCCGACGGUCAAGUCAUCACCAUCGGCAACGAACGUUUCCGUGCUCCUGAAGCUCUCUUCCAGCCUUCCUUCCUGGGUAUGGAGUCUGCUGGUGUUCACGAGACCGUUCACAGUUCAAUCAUGAGGUGCGACAUUGACAUCAGGAAGGACCUGUUCGCCAACACUGUCAUGUCUGGUGGUACCACCAUGUAUCCUGGUAUUGCUGACCGCAUGCAGAAGGAAAUCACAGCUCUGGCUCCCUCCACCAUCAAGAUCAAGAUCAUUGCUCCUCCCGAGCGCAAGUACUCCGUCUGGAUCGGUGGCUCCAUCCUGGCCUCUCUGUCCACCUUCCAGACCAUGUGGAUCACCAAGGAGGAAUACGACGAGUCCGGCCCAGGCAUCGUCCACCGCAAAUGCUUUUAAAUUGUUUAUUUACAUAUAUACGUUUUAACGCAUUGUUAAUACACUUAUAUUCACAAAAUUAAAUAAAUUAGUAAUGUUUAUUUUAUAAAUUAGUAGAAAUACAAUAACUUAAUACUUCGGUGUCAUUGAAUACAACAUUUAUAAAUAUUAAUAAAUAGAAAGUUUA